GAUAAAGCAUUAUUACUAGAAAUAUAAUUUAGCUUUGGAACUAGAACCAAUAGUCUAAUCCCUCAUAGACCAGAGGCUCCAAAUAGAGUGGCUUCUCCUUGUUCGCUACCCACAACUAUUUAUCAGUGGCCAUAGUGGCCACAAUUUCAACGAACACAGACAAAGCAAAUUUUUGGCUUCUUUCAUUUCAGAUUCUGAGUUCUGAUACAGCACAACAGCCCUCACAUCAAGGAUCCUUUUCUUUCUUGUAGCUUUCUGAGUUAAUGGCGUCAGCCCUUUUCACUAGAACUUUAUGUGGUUGCAGCUUUGUUCACUUCUCACCCUUCAAGCCCCAAAUUUUAAGUUCAUUUCUCAAUAAGAGACUAAUGUACUCACAGCUGGACCCUAAGUAUCUAGCAUACAAGGCAUCAUCUAUCCAGACUCCGCGUGUUAUGGCUUCCUCAAUAGUUGGCACAAGGACUAAUUAUUCGACAUUUUCUGUGUCCCCUAAUGAACCUGUUGUUUCUGUCAAUUGGCUACAUGCCAAUCUCAGGGAACCUGAUUUGAAGAUUUUGGAUGCAUCUUGGUACAUGCCAGAUGAGCAGAGGAAUCCUAUUCAAGAGUAUCAGGUGGCUCAUAUUCCUGGUGCCCUAUUCUUUGAUGUGGAUGGAAUAGUGGAUCGAACUUCUAAUUUGCCACACAUGCUGCCAUCGGAGGAAGCUUUUGCUGCUGCUGCAUCUGCUCUUGGCAUCCAUAAUAAGGACGGGGUGGUUGUUUAUGAUGGGAAGGGACUUUUUAGCGCAGCUCGUGUCUGGUGGAUGUUUCGAGUCUUUGGGCAUGAUAGAAUCUGGGUGUUAGAUGGAGGCCUUCCAAGAUGGCGUGCUUCUGGAUUUGAUGUUGAAUCAAGUGCUUCUGGGGAUGCUGUUUUGAAAGCCAGUGCUGCUAAUGAGGCAAUAGAGAAAGUAUAUCAGGGACAGGCAGUUGAGCCAAUCACAUUUGAGAUGAAGUUUCAGCCACAUCUUGUCUGGACACUUGAGCAGGUUAAAAGAAAUAUUGAGGAAAAAGCUUACCAACACAUAGAUGCCCGUUCAAAGGCCAGGUUUGAUGGAGCUGUACCAGAACCUCGUAAGGGAAUAAGAAGUGGUCAUGUCCCUGGAAGCAAGUGUGUUCCCUUUCCCCAGAUGUUGGAUGCUUCUCAGACACUCUUACCUGCUGAUGAGCUUAAGAAACGAUUCGAGCAAGAAGGCGUUUCACUGGAUAAACCUGUUGUAACUUCAUGUGGCACUGGUGUAACUGCUUGCGUCCUUGCAUUGGGUUUGCAUAGACUCGGGAAACCUGAUGUUGCCAUCUAUGAUGGAUCAUGGACUGAAUGGGGAGGUCAUCCGGACACACCUGUUGACACAUCUUCAUAAAAUGGUACUGCAAUACCAUCAGUAGGUUGGCAGUAGCAUGCACAACUGACCCAAUUGUCAAGCCUGAUCAAAUACGCAGAUUGCAGCACAAAGGCAAUAUCUAAAACGAUUUUGUCAUAUUUCUUUUUUGUGUUAAGUAUGAAAAAUGUGAUCCCCGUGGUCAGAAACAUAGGUGAAUUCUCAAAAAAGGUACAUCUUCAAUGUUUUUUGAGUCUGUUGAUUAGAAAUAAGUUAAAUGUAAGCCUAAAUUUCUUGAAAGAAGGCACAGUUCUUUAUUUAUCUCUAUGCAAAUGGUACCGGCAAAAGGGCAGUCCCGAUUAA